GGCUGCCUUUGCCCUGACAAAGCCGCUCAAGAUGAACAUGGUGAAAAGGAUCAUGGGGCGGCCGCGGCAGGAGGAGUGCAGCCCCCAGGACAACGCGCUGGGCCUCAUGCACCUGCGGCGCCUCUUCUCAGAGCUGUGCCACCCGCCUCGCCACAUGACCCAGAAGGAGCAGGAGGAGAAGCUCUACAUGAUGCUUCCUGUAUUUAACAGGGUGUUUGGAAAUGCUCCACCCAGCAGCAUGAUGGAAAAGUUCUCCGACCUGCUGCAGUUCACCACCCAGGUGUCGCGGCUCAUGGUGACGGAGAUCCGACGACGGGCCUCCAACAAAUCCACAGAGGCAGCCAGUCGAGCCAUAGUCCAGUUCCUGGAGGUGAACCAGAGCGAGGAGGCGAGUCGUGGCUGGAUGCUGCUGACCACCAUCAACCUGCUGGCCUCUUCUGGACAGAAAACUGUGGACUGCAUGACGACCAUGUCCGUUCCCUCCACGCUGGUAAAAUGCCUCUACCUGUUCUUUGACCUGCCCCUCAUGGCCGAAGCGCCCGUGGCCCCCCCGGCCCCCCCGCCCCCACCCAACCAGGAGAAGGCUCUGGGCCAGGGCCACACCCAGCCGGAGCUGCCCCUGGGUGACCGCAGGGCUCUGCUGCAGAAAGUCUUUGUCCAGAUCCUGGUGAAGCUGUGCACCUUCGUGUCCCCUGCAGAGGAGCUGGCCCAGAAGGACGACCUUCAGCUGCUGUUCAGUGCCAUCACCUCCUGGUGCCCCCCCCACAACCUGCCCUGGAGGAGGAGCGCAGGGGAGGUGCUCACCACCAUCUCCAGGCACGGCCUCAGCGUCAACGUGGUCAAAUACAUCCACGAGAAGGAUUGUUUGUCCACAUGUGUUCAGAACAUGCAGCAGUCAGAUGACCUGUCCCCUCUGGAGAUCGUGGAGAUGUUUGCCGGCCUCUCCUGCUUCCUCAAAGACUCCAGCGACGUGUCGCAGACCCUGCUGGAUGAUUUCCGGAUGUGCCAGGGUUACGCUUUCCUCUGCGACCUCAUGCUCAGACUGGAGCUGGCCAAGGAGGAGGAGUCCAAAGACGCCCUGAAGGACCUGGUCAACCUGGUCACCUGCCUGUGCACGUACGGGGUGAUGGAGCUGAAACCUGCUGGGCUGACAACCGGAGCCCCCUUCCUGCUGCCGGGAUUUAUUCUCCCUCAGCCAGCUGGCAAAGGUCACACGGUGCGGAACAUCCAGGCCUUCGCCGUGCUGCAGAACGCCUUCCUGCGGACUAAAACCAGCCGGCUGGCCCGCAUGCUGCUGGACGCCAUCGGGAACAUCUACGCCGCCGAGCCGGCCAACUACUUCAUCCUGGAGUCGCAGCACACCCUGUCGCAGUUCGCCGAGCGCGUGGCCAAGCUGCCCGAAGCCCAGGCCAAGUACUUCGAGCUGCUGGAGUUCGUGGUGUUCGGCCUGAACUACGUGCCGUGCAAGGAGCUGUUCAGCGUCAGCGUGCUGCUGAAGGCCAGCACGUCGCUGCCCUGCAGCGUCACCGCCGUGAGGAUGCUGCUGAAGCUGACCCGGCACGACCCCGUGUUCAGCGACGUGCUGCGGGAGGUGGGCCUGCUGGAGGUGCUGGUCAACCUGCUGCACAAAUACGCCGCCAUGCUCAAAGACCCGGCCUCGCAGCAGCAGCAACCGCACAAUAACGACCAGGCCGACUGUAAAAACAACACAGUAGCAGAGGAGCAGAAACAGCUGGCCUGGCUGGUGAUGGAGACACUGACGGUGCUGCUGCAGGGCUCCAGCACCACCAACACUAACGCAGCUUUGUUCAGGGAGUUCGGCGGCGCACGCUGCGUUCACAACAUCGUGAAGUACCGUCAGUGUCGGGAACACGCCCUGCUCAUCAUCCAGCAGCUCGUCCUGUCGCCCAGCGGUGACGACGACAUGGGCACGCUGCUGGGCCUCAUGCACUCUGCACCGCCCAGCGAGCUGCAGCUGAAAACGGACAUUCUGAGGGCGCUGUUAGCCGUGCUGAAGGAGAGCCACCGCACUCGCACCGUGUUCCGGAAGGUGGGCGGCUUCGUGUACGUCACCUCCCUCCUGGUGGCCAUGGAGCGCUCGCUGUGCCAGCCCCCGCAGCACGGCUGGGAGCGGGUCAACCAGAACCAGGUCUUUGAGCUGCUGCACACGGUUUUCUGCACGCUGACGGCCGCCAUGCGCUACGAGCCGGCCAACUCGCACUUCUUCCGCACCGAGAUCCAGUAUGAGAAGCUGGCUGAUGCUGUGAGGCUGCUGGGUUGUUUCUCCGACACCAAGAAGCUGGGCCCCACAGCCAUGUUCCCCUCCAACGCUCAGCCUUUCCAGAGGCUGCUGGAGGACGAGGUUUCCUCCGGAGGCUGUGCAGGAGACAACGUCUGUCCCACACUCAGACACUGCAGCAAGCUCUUCAUCUACCUGUACAAGAUGGCCACCGACUCCUUCGACAGCUUCGGCUACUACAGCACGUCAGCCACUCCAGCUCCAAUCAAAGCCCUGACCGACCUGAAACACCAGCUGGUUAACCCCGCCCACCCCGCUUCCUUCUCGUCCUCCUCGGACAUGGUGGUCAUCCAUCCAGGGGCCGUCUUAGCCAUGUUGGACCUGCUGCCCUCCGUCUGCUCUGAGAGCCAGCCAGAGCACGCCCUGGACCUGCAGCUGGCGGUGGCCAACAUCCUGCAGCUGCUGGUGAACAGUGAGAGGAACCAGCAGGUGUUGUGUGAAGCCUGCCUUCACCAACGGCUGCUGCAGCGCUGCAGUCAGGCCCUGGGUGAUGAGGACCACCCGCUGCACCCCCCGCUGCAGAGGAUGUUCGAGAGGCUGGCCUCGCAGGCUCUGCAGCCGAUGGCACUCAGGGAAUUCUUACGUCUGGGAAACCCUCUGAACUGCGGCGCCUGGGACAAGAAGCUCCUGAAGCAGUACCGCGUCCACAAACCCAGCUCUCUGGGCUACGACGCAGAAAUGAGAAAUAGCAUGACCCUGUCCAUGGAGGGCUUCGGACCCGACAGCGUCUUCACCACGCCGGCGGAGGACAACGGCCAGUACCGCAUCAGCCGCAGCCUGGUGCGCUCCGCCGAGGACAGCACUGUGCCCCUGACCCGGGUCAAGUGCCUGGUGUCCAUGACCACGCCCCACGACAUCCGGCUGCAUGGGUCGGCCAUCACGCCGGCAUGCGUGGAGUUUGACACCUCGCUGGAGGGAUUCGGGUGUCUGUUCCUGCCCAGCCUGGCGCCCCACAACGCUCCGUCCAAUAACACCAACGCUUCCGGGGUCAGCGACGGGGCCGUGCUGAGCGGCAUGGGAUCAGGUGAGCGCUUGUUUCCUCCUCCGUCAGGUCUCAGCUACUCCACCUGGUUCUGCGUGGAGCGUUUCAGCUCGGCUGCUCAGGCCCACCCGGUGCGGCUGCUGACCGUGGUCCGGCGGGCCACCUCCUCGGAGCAGCACUAUGUGUGCCUGGCCGUGGUGCUGUCGGCUAAAGACCGCUCGCUGACCAUCUCCACCAAGGAGGAGCUGCUGCAGACGUACUCAGCCGACGAGUCGGGCGAAGAAGCCUCCUUCUAUGAGCUGCUGCCCUGCUGCGCUCGUUUCCGCUGCGGCGAGCUGAUCGCUGAGGGCCAGUGGCACCACCUGGUGCUGGUCAUGAGCAAGGGCAUGCUGAAGAACAGCAUGGCUGCGCUCUACAUCGACGGACAGCUCCUCAACACCGUCAAGCUCCACUACAUCCACAGCACUCCGGGGGGCUCCGGCUCCACCAACCCCCCCGUGGUGAGCACCGUGUACGGGUACGUGGGGACGCCGCCCGCCCAGCGCCAGCUCUCCAGCCUGGUGUGGCGUCUGGGCCCCAGCCACUUCCUGGAGGAGGUCCUACCCGCCCCCAGCGUGGCCGCCAUCUUUGAACUGGGACCCAACUACGUGGGCAGCUUUCAGGCCGUCUACCUGCCUUGUAAAGAUGCAAAGACAGAAGUUGCUCCGGCUUCUCCGGUGGCGUUGGUACCGGAGGAGAAAGUGUCUUUCAGCCUCUACGCGCUGUCCGUCUCCACGCUCACCGUCGCCAAAAUCAGGAAAGUCUACAACAAACUGGACAGCAAAGCUAUCGCCAAACAGCUCGCCGUGUCGUCUCAUGAAAACGCCACUCCAGUCAAGCUGAUCCACAAUGCUGCGGGUCACCUGAACGGGCCGGCCCGGACCGUCGGCGCCGCUGUCAUUGGAUAUUUAGGCGUUCGCACGUUCGUGCCCAAACCUGUCGCCACCAACCUGCAGUACGUCGGCGGGGCGGCGGCCAUCUUGGGACUGGUGGCCAUGGCGUCGGACGUGGAGGGGCUGUACGCCGCCGUCAAAGCUUUAGUGUGUGUGGUGAAAAGCAACCCUCUGGCCAGUAAGGAGAUGGAACGCAUCAAAGGCUACCAGCUGCUAGCUAUGCUGCUAAAGAAGAAGCGCUCGCUGCUCAACAGUCACAUCCUCCACCUCACCUUCUCUCUGGUGGGGACGGUCGACAGCGGCCACGAGACCUCCAUCAUUCCCAACUCCACGGCCUUCCAGGACCUGCUGUGUGACUUCGAGGUUUGGCUUCAUGCUCCCUACGAGCUCCAUCUGUCUCUCUUUGAACACUUUAAUGAACUUCUGACAGAAUCCAGUGAGGCGGCCAAAAACGCCAAACUGCUGCGGGAGUUCCAGCUGAUCCCCAAGCUGCUGCUGACGCUGAGGGACACCUCGCUGUCGCAGCCCACCGUCGCCGCCAUCAGCAACGUGCUGAGUCUGCUGCUGCAGGGCUUCCCCAGCCCCUACGACCUGCUGCGCUUCGGUCAGUUCAUCUCCUCCACUCUUCCUACGUUUGCUGUCUGUGAGAAGUUUGUGGUCAUGGAGAUCAACAACGAGGAGAAGAUUGAUGGAGGUAACGAUGAGGAUUUUGGUGGCCUCCUGUCAGCCAGCCUGAUUUUACUGAGGAACCGUUUGCUGGACAACCUGCUGCGGCUACUCUUCAUCACCAAAGAGAAAUGUGCCGUUAACGUUCAGGCGUGCGAGGAGCUCGUACGAACACUGGGCUUUGAUUGGCUGCUGAUGUUCAUGGAGGAACACCUCCACUCCAGCACAGUGACGGUGGCUCUCCGGAUCCUGGUGGUUCUGUUGUCCAACCAGUCCAUCCUGAACCGCUUCAGGGAGGGGCUGUGUGGAGGGGGCUGGCUGGACCACACCGACUCCGUCCUGACCAAUAAGAUCGGCACGGUGCUGGGGUUCAACGUGGGCCGCAGCGCUGGUGGGCGCUCCACGGUGCGAGAGAUCAACAGGGACGCCUGCCACUUCCCAGGAUUCCCUGUUCUGCAGACUCUGCUGCCCAAACACACCAACGUACCCGAGCUUUACUUCCUGCUCAUGGCACUUUUCCUGCAGCAGCCCGUCACCGAGCUACCAGACAGCCUGCAGGUACAUUUUGACCUGGACUCCAUCUGGACCUUCAUCUUCGGGAUGCCAGCCUCCAGUGGGACGGUGGUGGGCUCCAUCCACAGCGUGUGCACCGAGGCGGCCUUCCUGCUGCUGGCCAUGCUGCGCAGCAUGCUCAAUCUGCCGUGGCAGUCAGAGGAGGAGGGCUCCUGGCUCAGGGAGUACCCGGUCACCCUCAUGCAGUUCUUCAGGUACCUGUACCACAACGUGCCCGACCUGGGGCCCAUGUGGCACAGCCCGGAGUUCCUCUGCGCUCUGGCAGCCUCCGUCUUCCCCUUCAACAUCAGGCCGUACUCAGAGAUGGUGAGCGAUCUGGACGACGAAGCGGGUUCUCCCACUGAGGAGUUCAAGGCGUUCGCUGGAGAUUCCGGAAUGAACCGGAGCCAGUCUGAGUACUGCAACGUGGGCUCCAAGACGUCGCUGACCAACCACCCGGCCAAGAAGUACGUCUUCGACUUCAUGAGGGUCCUGAUCAUGGACAACAUGUGCAUGACUCCGGCCAGCAAGCAGACGCCCAUCGUCGACAUGCUGCUGGAGGCCUCUCCGGAGCGCUCCACCAGGACUCAGCAGAAGGAGUUUCAGUCCAGCAUCCUGGACAGCGUCAUGGAGCACCUUCUGGCUGCCGACGUCCUUCUAGGUGAAGACGCCUCUCUCCCUCUCAGCACCGGCGGCAGCUACCAGAUCCUGGUCAACAACGUCUUCUACUUCAGCCAGCGGCUGGUGGACAAGCUGUGGCAGGGCAUGUUCAACAAGGACUCCAAGCUGGUGGUGGACUUCAUCGUGCAGCUGAUCGGACAGUCCAAGAGGCGUUCGCAGGGCCUCUCCCUGGACACCGUCUACCACUGCCUGAACCGGACCGUGCUCUACCAGCUCUGCAGACCCCACAAGACCGUCGCUCAGCAGGUGGCUCUGCUGGACGCCCUGCGGGUCCUGACCGUCAACCGCAACCUGGUGCUCGGCCCGGGCAACCACGACCAGGACUUUGUGGCCUGCUUGGCCCACUGCUUCAUCUGUCUGCACAGCGGGAGCAGUGUGGAGGGGUUUGGGCUGGAGGCGGAGGCCAGGAUGACCACCUGGCACGUGAUGAUGUCCACAGAGAACGAAAACGAGUCCACGCACAGUCACGACGUUAGCGAAGGACGUCAGCUGCUGCUGAAGGCCGUGAACCGUGUCUGGACAGAACUGAUGCACAGCAAGCGUCAGAUGCUGGAGGACAUCUUCAAAGUGUCUCUGCCCUGCAACGACAGAGGACACGUGGACAUCGUCACAGCUCGUCCCGCUCUGGAGGAGCCCGCCCUGAAGAGCUGGCAGAACCAUCUGGCUCAUGAGAAAAAGUGCAUCAGUCGUGGUGAAGCUGCAGCACCGGCCGCCCAGUCCAAACUGUCCCGGGUCAGCAGCGGCUUCGGCCUCUCCAAGCUGACCGGCGUCCGUCGCAACAAGAAGGAGAACAACCUGAACAAGAACAGUCCCACAGCACAGGAAACCUUCCAGUGGAUGUUCACUCACAUCGCAGUGGUCAGAGACCUGCUGGCCAUGCAGUACAAAGAAUACCAGGAGCGGCAGCAGAACGUGCUGAAGUACGUGACGGAGGAGUGGGCAGCCAUCGAGUACGAGCUGCUGCGGGAGCGUGGCCUCUGGGGUCCACCCAUUGGCUCCCACCUGGACAAGUUCACUCUGGAGAUGACGGAGGGGCCCUGCCGCAUGAGGAAGAAGAUGGUCCGCAACGACAUGUUCUACAUCCACUACCCCUACAUCCCCGAGACCGAGACCAACACCAACUCAGCUCAGCCCUCCUCCUCCCCUCUGGUGUCUCUAGUCCCCUCAGCUCAUGUUUGGGUCCUUGACCCUCACCAGAAGCCUCUGCGUUACCGCCGAGCCAUCAGCUACGACAGCAAGGAGUACUACAUGCGUCUGCUGUCGGGGAACCCGGGCAUGUACCAGCACUCAGUGGAGCACAACACGGAGGGAGAGACCACGCAACACGAGCCGGAACAGGGAGAGGACACCAUCGCCAGGGUCAAAGGUCUGGUGAAAGCUCCUCUGAAGAGGUCACGCUCCACGGUGGACGGAGCAGACGAAGACAGUCAGGAGCAGCUUCAGGAGCAGCUGCUGGAGUCAGGAGGCCCCGAGGAGGAGCAGAAAACCGACAACACCUCUCUUCUGCGCCUCCUGGAGGAGGGGGAGAAGAUUCAGCACAUGUACCGCUGUGCACGAGUUCAGGGUCUGGACACCAGCGAGGGUCUCCUGCUGUUCGGGAAGGAGCACUUCUACGUCAUCGACGGCUACACCAUGACCGUGUCCAGAGAGAUCCGAGACAUCGACACGCUGCCGCCCAAUUUGCAUGAAGCCAUCAUCCCCAGAGGAGCGCGACAGGGCCAGAGCCAGCUGAAGAGGACCUGCAGCAUCUUCGCCUACGAAGACAUUAAGGAGGUUCAUAAGAGGCGCUACCUGCUGCAGCCGAUGGCGGUGGAGGUUUUCUCUGCUGAUGGAAGGAACUACCUGUUAGCCUUUCAGAAGGGAGUUCGCAAUAAAGUUUACCAAAGGUUCUUGGCGGUGGUUCCCUCGCUGGCCGACAGCUCCGAGUCAGUUUCAGGUCAGAGGCCCAACACCAGCGUGGAGCAAGGAUCGGGUCUUCUCAGCACUCUUGUUGGUGAGAGGUCUGUGACUCAGAGGUGGGAGAGAGGAGAGAUCAGUAACUUCCAGUACCUGAUGCACCUGAACACGCUGGCCGGACGCUCCUACAACGACCUGAUGCAGUACCCCGUCUUCCCCUGGAUCCUGGCCGACUACGACUCGGAGGAGCUGGACCUGAACAACCCCAAGACAUUCCGGAACCUCACCAAGCCGAUGGGCGCCCAGACGGACGACCGGCUCACCCAGUACAAGAAGAGGUACAAGGACUGGGAAGACCCCAACGGUGAAACCCCUGCGUACCACUAUGGCACCCACUACUCCUCCGCCAUGAUCGUCGCCUCGUAUUUGGUCCGAAUGGAGCCGUUCACACAGAUUUUCCUCCGACUUCAGGGAGGUCAUUUCGACCUGGCCGACAGGAUGUUCCACAGCGUGCGUGAAGCGUGGCUCUCUGCCUCCAAACACAACAUGGCCGACGUCAAAGAGCUGAUCCCCGAGUUCUUCUACCUGCCCGAGUUCCUGCUGAACUCCAACAACUUCGACCUGGGCGCCAAGCAGAACGGCACCAAGCUGGGCGACGUCAUCCUGCCCCCCUGGGCCAAGGGCGACCCCCGAGAGUUCAUCCGAGUCCACCGAGACGCGCUGGAGUGCGACUACGUGUCGGCCCACCUCCACGAGUGGAUCGACCUGAUCUUCGGCUACAAGCAGCAGGGCCCCCCGGCCGUGGAGGCGGUGAAUGUCUUCCACCACCUGUUCUACGAGGGCCAGGUGGACAUCUACAACAUCAACGACCCGCUCAAAGAGACCGCCACCAUCGGCUUCAUCAACAACUUCGGUCAAAUCCCCAAACAGCUGUUUAAGAAGCCACACCCACCUAAACGUGUACGCAGCAAAACCAACGGAGACCUGGCGAGCGUUCCUCCGAGCUCCAACAGCGCCAAGAUCUUCUUCCAUCAUCUGGACAAUCUCAGACCUUCUCUAGCACCUGUUAAAGAGCUGAAGGAGCCAGUGGGGCAGAUUGUGUUCACUGAAAAGGGCAUCCUCGCCGUGGAGCAGAACAAAGUCCUGGUUCCGCCCAGCUGGAGCAAAACAUUCGCCUGGGGCUACGCCGACCUCAGCUGUCGUUUGGCCAACUAUGAAUCUGACAAGGCGCUGGUGGUGUACGAGUGUCUGUCGGAGUGGGGUCAGAUCCUCUGUGCCAUAUGUCCAAACCCAAAGCUCGUCAUCACGGGCGGCACCAGCACCGCCAUCUGUGUGUGGGAGACGGGCACGUCCAAGGAGAGAGCCAAGUCUCUGACGCUCAAACAGGCGUUGCUGGGCCACACAGAUGCAGUGAUGUGUAUGACGGCGUCGUCGGCGUACCGUAUCGUCGUCAGCGGCUCCCGGGAUCGGACGUGCAUCAUCUGGGACCUGAACAAGCUUUCCUUCGUCACGCAACUGAGGGGCCACCGGGCCCCCGUGUCUGCUCUGUGCAUCAACGAGCUGACGGGCGACAUCGUGUCCUGCGCAGGCACCUACAUUCACGUGUGGAGCAUCAACGGCAGCCCCAUCGCCAGCGCCAACACCUUCACGGGCCGCAGCCAGCAGAUCCUGUGCUGCUGCGUGUCCGAGAUGAACGAGUGGGACACGCAGAACGUUAUCGUCACCGGACACUCCGACGGCGUCGUCAGGUUUUGGAGAAUGGAGUUCCUACAAGUCCCAGAAACCCCUGCUCCAGAACCAGUGGAGCCCGAUGUGCCUGACUGCUGCGGGGAUGAAAAGAUCGAGGGCGGUGAGAGUAACAACGGGGAGGAGGACAGCAGCGAGUCCGACGGAGACGAGCCCAGUCUGACUCAGGAACCCAGAACGCCACGCAACCCGUCGACGGGCGGCGGCAGCCAGCCGGGCAGCGGCGUCCACAGACCCAGAGGUCCCUCAGGUCCAUCGUCCCGGGCCGGAGCGUCCUGGUCCAUGGACAGCGGCUCUGACGACUCUCACCGCUGGUCGGACACCCUGAGCAUCGACGAGAAGGAUGGCUUUGUGUUCGUCAACUACUCCGAGGGACAAACUAAAGGUGCGCCCCCUCAUCCGGGCCAGAGCGCCGUCCACCCGCCUCUCCACCCCCCCGCUGCAGAACCACGCACCUAUAACCAGCUGAAAGCAGGAUACAGGUGGGAACGACAGCUGGUGUUCCGCAGCAAACUCACCAUGCACACUGCGUUUGACCGCAAGGACAACGCCCACCCUGCUGAGAUCACCUCCCUCGCCAUCUCCAAAGACCACAGUAAGAUCCUGGUGGGCGACGGGCGCGGCCGAGUCUUCAGCUGGUCUGUGAGCGACCAGCCGGGACGCUCGGCGGCGGACCACUGGGUGAAGGACGAGGGGGUGGACAGCUGCUCCGGCUGCGCCGUGCGCUUCUCCCUGACGGAGCGACGCCACCACUGCAGGAACUGCGGGCAGCUCUUCUGUCAGAGGUGUAGUCGCUUCCAGUCGGAGAUCAAACGGCUGAAGAUCUCGUCUCCGGUCCGGGUCUGUCAGAACUGUUACUACAACCUUCAGCAUGAGCGAAGCGUCGACGACGGCUGCAGGAACUGAGCUCCACCUCCAGGAACUGAGCUCCGCCUCCAGGAACUGAGCUCCGCCUCCAGGACCUGAGCUCCGCCCCCAGGAACUGAGCUCUGCCUCCAGGACCUGAGCUCCGCCCCCAGGAACUGAGCUCUGCCUCCAGGACCUGAGCUCCGCCCCCAGGAACUGAGCUCCGCCUCCAGGACCUGAGCUCCGCCUCCACUCGGAGCCUCGAGGAGCGUUUCAUUCGUCCCAACUCCUCCUCCUCCUCCUCAUCUUCGUGUAGAUAAACCAGAGUGACGUGAGACGAACUGAUCAGAAACUGGAGAAAAAAAAGAAUCACUUUAGCUUGAAGGAACAGACUCCUCCUCCUCUUCCUCCUCUUCCUCCUCCUCCUAAAAACACACUUGUUUAUAGUGUAAAUAGCUUCUCAGCCUUUUUAACUCUGCAACAGAACAAAGUUAAGGUCAGUAAGAAGAAACCUUCCUUGUAAUUUAGCGUUGUGACUAACCACUGUUGGCUUUAAAAAAACAAAACGUGUCACGGUUCAGAGGAGAGGAUAUGAAUGUCAAAAAUUAAUGUUUGUGGCUCAAGUUAUGCAAAACUCACCUUUUUUUUCUUUUUAAUCAUUUCCAGAGGAUGUUGUUGUUUACAGAAACGUGUUAUUUUGUCUCCAUCAGAGGUCGAGCGUUUGUUUUGCCAAAUCGUUUUGAUAUUUCCCGUCUCUCCUGUAGAUAUUUGUUGCUGCUGCUCACUGAAGACGUAUCAUUUUAGGUGUUUUUAAACAUUUAAACGGCCUCUUCGUCACGCCACACACUCCUCAUCCUCACUUCCUCUAGUUGAAGCCAGUCAGAGACAUUAUUAAUAAAAAUAAAUGAAAUAAAACCAUGAAUCCUGAACAUGACGUUCUGGAAUGCAGGUAUGCACUCAGUGUAAACAACACAUCUGAGCGUAAAUCUGCACCAAAACAUCGAUUUAAAUCUCAAACUCUAAUCUUUUUUACUUUCUCUCUGUCCUGAAGUCACUUUUUGUGUUUUUUAGUCACCAGCUUGACAUUCAGGUGCUGCUUUAUUCUUAUUUUCUUACCCAUAAAUGUUGUUUAUUAUUAUUUUUCUCCCCCACUACAGACCCCCCUGCUGUGUAACGGUGAUAAUUUGCACUCCGGUUGUUUUUUCAUCUCAUCACUCUAGAUUUUCAGUACUGUAACUGCUGAAGAGUCGGCUUUUAUCAAUCAAAGAGUUUCUUUGCACCUUGUACAAAAACAAAACAAAAAAAUGAAAAAGAGGAAUCAUGAGGUUUUUUUAUUAUUAAAUGCAGAUUUAUGUUGGUGCAUUUCACUGCGGAUAAAUGAACUGUACAAAGUAUUUAUGCAAUUAUAACUGGUUUUAGAUUUUUUUUUAUGAUUAUCGCGAUCUCAGCAAGUUUUGUUACUUGUUGCAUGUUUAUUAACAUAGCUGACUUUCUGUGUCAGUGUAUUGUAAAUGUUAGGAUGUUGGUUUUUUGUUGUUGUUUUUUUGUUCGUUUUUUUUCCUUUUUUCUUCGAUGAGCGACCGACUGAUGAGGUUUGUGUACAGAGCCGCGGAUCACCGUCUCAACUUCAAGUGGACUUUUGUACUCUUUCUGGACAAAACACGGACCAAUGAAGAGACAAACAAGAGGAUUGUUUUAAUUUUUUGGUGGUCCUGCAUUAAGGCUGCAUUACUACAGUAUCUGGUGUGCAAUCUGUGAUUAGCUGAAUGUUCCUUGUAUAAUUGUGUUCACUACAUCCUGCAAGAGAAAAUUAAAAAAACGUAGAGUAAAUUUCCUGUUACAGAAACAAAAGAAAUAACAAUAAUGCAAUAGAUCUGGUACUUAUUCUUUUAAUUUCAUUUCAAUAAAUAAUGGCUGUUUACCACCAAA